AUGUCUGGCAAAGUCAAGACGUGGUUUGUGGCUCCGAACUGGGACAUUGCGCCGACCAGUGUCAAGCUUGGGACAGUCUUCUUCGAGCCGACUCCACCCUUCAUUGACAAGGCGCACGCCAAGUUCGUGCCGGCCGACGAAGACCUGACUGACAUACCAGAUGCAACCGCAAAGAAGAACUUCACAGCCACUGCAGAUGAGGUGAAGAAAAGCAAAGGCGGCAUAUUCGCCAGAUUCCUGGGUACCGUGCCGGUCGGCGGCGAGGCUACGGCCCAGCGCGACAAGUCUGCGGUCGAGCACUACACCGUCAAAGACCUUGCCUCUGUCUCGGGCUGGGUGCCAAGCCUCGAGCUCGAGAAAAAGGCCACGGAAUCCAGCAGUGUUGCCGCAUUCCUCGAGCAGUGGGACUACGAGAAACCCGUCUACAUGAUCACGGGCAUCCGGACGGCAGAGAGUGUCACCGUCACGACCCUGAGGCGGCGAGGACGAAGCCUCCUCGGCUGGUUCGGCAUCGACUUGUCUCCCGUUGAUGUGCCGCUGACGGUCGGCAUGACUGCGGAGGACUCUGCAUCGCGCAAUGAAUUUGUGAGCUUUGAAGACUCGUCCAAGAUUGUAUUUGCCUACCAGCUGCGCGAGAUCCGGGUAAGCGAGGGCAACGUGACUGGGUCCGACUAUCUCACCAACGCGCUGCUUGACACUGCCGGUGGUGCAGCCCGGCCCAGGGACACCACUGCCGUCGGACAUGACGUUGGUGACGUGGCUCUCGCGCAUUUGUACAGAUACGCGACGAUCGACGAGAUGGACGGAAGUGAAUGCGUCUGCAUAAGCCCCGAUGCCACGUAG